AUGUCACAUCGUGAUUGGGACCAAUCAUGCAAAGUUUAUAUUGGUAAUUUGGGACAAAACGGUACAAAACAUGAAAUCGAAGCAUCAUUUACCAAGUAUGGCCCAUUGAAAAACACAUGGAUUGCUAGAAACCCACCUGGAUUUGCUUUUGUUGAAUUCGAAGAUCCAAGAGAUGCUGAAGAUGCAGUCAGGGGACUUGAUGGAACGUAAGUUGUGAUUAAGUUGUCAAAUUAUAUGUUUUGAAAAUAAUUGCUAGUUAAAUUAUUACUUAUUGCAUUCUUCAUGUUUAGCCGUAUCUGCGGAGUCCGUGUGCGUGUAGAAAUGUCUAGCAACCGUCCUCGAGGUGGGCGAGAUGGCCGCGGUGGUGGUGGUGGCGAUCGCAGGGGAGGUGGUGGAGGAGGAGGAGGUGGAGGAUACAACAGAGGUCCUCCUCGUUAUAACGAUAGGUAUAACGAAAGGUAACAUUUUAUUAAAAAAUAAUUUAUUUCUAUUUGAAAGUUUUAGUAGAACAAUGUGUUAAAUCUAUUUGUCUGUUUAAUUAACAUAAAAAAAAAAAAUUAAUUGUGGCUUACUAUUUCUUUUAGCAAAUCAUUAAAUUUGUUUCUGUAUUCCUAUGCAUUUUUGAAUGGUUGCCUUCCUUACUUAAUAUUUUUUUUUUUUUUUUUUUUUUUUGAUUUUUAAUUUCCUUGUCCUACCUUUUAUUCUGAUAAGUCUUUUUAUUAUGAGGUUAAUUAGGACAGUUAAUUGUUCCUAAUUAUUUUUUUUUAUUAUUUGUUUUGUUUAUUGUUUCUUAUUGGGCUUUAAUUGGAUCUUUUUUAUUUUUGGGAUAAUUUACAGGAAAAGGAUCAUUGGUUAUCGCCCAUACUAAAAAAAAUUAAUCAUCCCAUCUUAUAAAAAAACCUCACUGACAAUAUGACUUGACCAACAAUUUUCGUACUUCGCUCCAUCAAUUCUACCGAAUUGAAUUACCGUACCGUGUUAUUUAACAUCAUGCAGGCGGAUCAGCCUAUUCUGCACUAUUCUACAAUAUUCUUCCAACGCCUCUACCCUACGAUCAACUCUUCGCAAGCACUCGUAUGCUUUAUUGGCUGUUUUAACGUCUCCACUCACACUCUCCAUCUAAACAACAUGUGGUAUUAUUUAUUCUUUCAUUGACAAAUUGAGAGUUGUAAGUUACAAGGUAUUUAGUUUUUUUUUUUUGUUUUGUUUUUAAACAAUUAUGUAUGACAAUGUUUUUAAGAUUUUUAAUAGGAGCAGUAACAAGUAUGUAAAAUAAAUAUUCAAAUGAAGAGAGAUUGAGAUGGUUUUAGUACAUUGUGUGUAAUAUAGUUUUACAUAAUUAUAUUAAUUAUAUUUUAGAUCACGCUCACGCUCACCUAAACGUCGUGCACCGCCUUCAAGGUCACGUUCCAGGAGCUAUUCGCCGAGACAACGUCGUACAUCACAUUCCUAA